CAAACACUCAUGCUCACUAACACACUCAGAUCGAAACCUCUCCUCUCACAUGGCCGCCGCCCUCUCAUCUCACCGACCGUGCACCGCCACCGCUCCCUUCCACGCCCAGCCGCCGCCGGCUGUAGGUCCCCUCUCCCUCUCUCACUCCCAGCCGCUCUCUUGCUCUCUCUCUCCCUCUGCAGAUCUUCAACCGCGCCCAAAUCUCCAGAUCUCGCGCGUCCUCUCCCUCUGCCACUGUUCCUUCGUUGCACCGCCGCUCAGCCAACGCCUCCUUCAUCUUGUGUGUCGAAGCCACACACAGCAACUUUCAAACCCCUUCGCGUGUCUGACUCUCACAUGGCCGCCGCCUUCUCCUUCUCCACCGCUCGUCGCUCGCAAACCACCACAAGCUUAAGGGAAAACUCGUGAACCCUCAUCCUCCAUCGCCGGUUAACGAAAACGAAAAUUUCUCAGUUAUUGGCUCAUGGAAUUUUAUGUGAUGAUAUGGGGCUUGGUAAGACACUUCAAGCAUCAGCCAUUGUAGCCUCUGAUAUAGCAGAACAUCAAGGGAAUGGUGAUCUUCUGCCAUCUUUAAUAAUUUGCCCAUCAACACUAGUUGGGCACUGGGCCUUUGAGAUAGAGAAGUAUAUUGAGGAUCCAGUGAUAUCUAGUCUUCAGUAUGUUGGCUCGGCACGGAUGCUUCUUCGAGCUAAUUUGUGCGAAUAUAAUGUCAUUAUAACAUCAUAUGAUGUUGUCCGUCAAGAUAUUCAAUAUUUGGGGAAGCUGUUAUGGAAUUACUGUAUUUUAGAUGAAGGGCAUAUAAUCCAAAAUGCUAAGUCUAAGGUUACACUUGCUGUAAAGCAGUUGAAAGCCCAACACCGCUUAAUAUUGAGUGGGACACCAAUACAGAAUAACAUAAUGGAUUUGUGGUCUCUUUUUGAUUUUCUGAUGCCUGGUUUCCUUGGAGCAGAAAGACAGUUCCAAGGUACAUAUGGAAAACCACUUUUAGCUGCUAGAGAUCCAAAGCGCUCUGCUAAGGAUGCUGAAGCAGGAGCACUUGCUAUGAAGGCAUUGCAUAAGCAGGCGAUCUUCUCUUGUUAUUUGUAAAAACCUGCUUUUCUCUUCAGAUAAGUUCACAUACUGCUUGUGUCAUAAUAGUCUGUUGUAUUAGGCUAUGAGCUAUUUUGUUGGCUUAGUUGUUGUUGCUUCUGUGACUGUAGAUUCUGUUAGUUAGCUUUACAUUCAGUUAUGAUAUAGCUCUGUCUAGAUAUGGGUAUUGGAAAUGGAGAAGUAGAAGAGAAUUGAGAAAUGCAAAAACUUCUUAUUACUCCGACUUUGGUGAAUGUGCAAAUUCAUAGUUUAUAUCACUCAGUAGAAACUUAUCCUCUAAGCUAACUAAUCUAUCUAACAUGACAGCUAUUACUAAUUCUGUUAGAGACUUUUAACAGAUUACACAGUAACUAACUAUUGAUUAAUUGAAUAAACAGCUCAGCUGUAUACUCGAGCAAUGUGCAUCCUGUAAUCACUGUGUCAGAAUGAAUGAUAUUUAAAUUUCAUUUUUGUUCAUAAUAUAUUCAGUUCUUUAGAAUUCUAUCAUUAUUGCACAUUUGCACUGCAAAAUUGUGUUUUGUCUUCUAACUAGAUGCCUCUAUCCUCUAGGUUGUGCCUUUCCUCCUUCGAAGGACAAAGGAUGAAGUCUUGUCUGAUUUGCCGGACAGAAUAAUUCAUUACAUAUACUGUAAUUUGGGCGAUGUACAACGUAAACUUUAUGAACAGUUUUCUGAUUCUCCUGCAAAGCAAGAAAUGUCGUCUGUUGUAACGACAAACGAACCUGCUGCAGCAGAAGGAAGUAGCCAUACUACUAAAGCGGCUUCACAUGUUUUCCAGGCAUUCCAAUACUUGCUAAAACUCUGCAGUCAUCCGUUGCUUGUUGUUGAUAGGAAGAUUCUAGAUUCAAUUCCUGGCUUAUUCCCAGAACUGUUUCCUGCUGGCUCUGAUGCCAAUUUAGAACUUGGGAAUCUCCGUCACUCUCCAAAAUUAGAUGCUCUUUUUGAAAUUCUUAAAAAGUCUGGAAUUGGAGUUGAUGCUUCAGGUUCUGAGGCUGCUGUUAGCGUUGGGCAGCAUAAGGUCUUGAUAUUUGCUCAACACAAGCUUGUUUUGCAGGCUUUUCUAGAUAUAAUUGAAAAAUGUUUGUUUCAGACGCACAUGAAGAAUGUCAAAUAUUUGAGGCUGGAUGGAUCAAAUGAGCCAGAAACGCAUUUUAAAAUCGUCCAAGAUUUCAAUUCAGACCCUAACAUUAAUGUCUUGCUGCUUACAACACAUGUCGGGGGAUUUGGUCUGAACCUGACAUCUGCAGACACCCUUGUUUUUGUGGAGCAUGACCGGAAUCCUAUGCGUGAUCAUCAGGACUAUGAUGGAUCUCACAUCAAGGGGUUAUUGAUAAACUUCUUUUAUAUGCUCAGCCCAUCACUGCUUAGAAUUCCAUAUUUUUUGUCUGAAUUGAUCACUCCCAUAAUAAGGGCUUUUCAUUGCAAUGGGAUUCAAAAAUUAUCAUUUUAUUCAUAUCCCGAAUAUGAAAAAUGGUGGAAGAACUGGGGGAAUUCUGAUUGGAGAAUCAAGUACUAUAAGGGGCUGGGUAGCUUUACUCCUGAGGAAGGGAAAGAAUUCUUUCAAAAUGUUGAAAUUCAGAGAAAAUACUUUGUUUGGCGCAACGAUGAGGAUCUAGAUGCCAUUAAUAUUGCAUUCUCGAAGUCAAAGACUAGAGAAAGGAGGGGAUUGAGGCUUAAAUUUAAGUCUAGCGAUUAUCGCGAUUAUACAGAUCUUAGUAUCUGCUACAAGGAUUUUCUACAGAAAGAAUUUAUAUUGUACUCGAUGGCGAGUGUACGGAGGUGCAUUCCUUCGUUGAUAGAUGGUCAGAAGCCCUCCCAAAGGAAGAUCCUUUACGGUGCAUUCAAGAGAGAGUUGUUCACUGAAAUAAGAGUGGACAAACUUAUUGGUUAUGUAGCUGAGCAUUCUGCUUACCAUCAUGAUGAAUCCAGUUUGGCUACCACCCUUAUGAGAAUGGCUCGAGAUUAUGUUGGUAGCAUGAAUAUAAAUCUCCUGAUGGCAAACGGUCAAUUUGGUACUCGUAACCAGGGUGGCAAAGACCAUGCAUCUCCAAGAUACAUAUACACUGAGCUUAACCCUAUUUCUCGUUUCCUCUUCCCCGAGAUUGACAUUAAACUUCUCAAAUACUUGAAUGAGGAUGGAAUCUCAGUUGAACCUGAGUGGUACCUUCCUAUCAUACCUUUAGUGCUUGUCAAUGGUGUUAGCGGAAUUGCGACAGGCUGGAAUUGUUCCAUCCCCUGCUACAACCCCAAGGAUAUCAUUGCAAACAUUAAGUGUUUCUUAAAUGAUGACAAGUUGCAACCAAUGGUUCCCUGGUACAAAGGAUUUAAGGGAACCAUUGAUAAAAGUAUAGAGGAGGGGUAUGUAGUGAGUGGUAAAGUUGAAGUAAUUGAUGAUCAAAGUUUUAGAAUAACAGAGCUGCCCGUCAGCACCUGGACUAAAAAAUAUGAGAAGUUCCUUAAGGAUCAUCCUCUCAUUGAGGCUUUCUGGCAGAAUGGAGAUAAUAGCAUGGUUGAUAUAAAAGUCAAACUGAAGCUGGAAACAAAGAUGACGGAAAAGGAGCUUCUCGUUGAGUUCAAGUUGAUUUCCAAAAUCCCCAGAAGCAGAAUGUAUCUUUUUAAUAGGAAUGCAAGAAUUCAGAAAUACGAUAGUCCUGAGCAAAUUCUUCAAGAAUUCUGUAAAUAUAGGCUUGAGUGCUAUGAUAUGAGAACAGCGCCUAGUGUUCGACAACUUAAAGACCAAGUUAGAUUCAUUUCAGAAGUUGUAUUUAACAUGAUUGUGCUGAGCAAAAACAUGAGCAAAGCUGAAUUGGUGUUGAAACUGAAGGGUAAUGGUUUCAAACCUUUGUCACAGAAAGGGGAAAAUGUUGGAGGCGCCAAAAACUAUGAACAUCUUUUGCCCAUGUGCACUUUGACCUUUGAAAGUCUUAAGAAGCUGCAAGCUGAAAAGGAGAAGGAGUUGGAUAAUUUAAUGAGAGCAGAUCUGUGGGCUUAUAAAAAAAAAAUCUAAGGAUCUGUGGUUGGAGGACCUAUUAGAGCUUGAGAAAAAACUAAAUGUAGGGGAAGGUAUGUCCAGAAAUCUACAUUUUCCGGAGCAACUACUUGACUACUCUCAUAUUGAAGAGUAUAAGUUUGCACUAAAUUGAAAGUAACAUUGAGAAGGUAAAUUGGGCUUCUGUUUUUUUUUUGUUGGGGUAAUAUUGCUAACUUUAUUCCAUUUGCCACUUGUUGCUCAUCUAGUUCCAGGUUUAAUGGAAUGGAUGAUGAAAGUAUGGUGGAUUUUUUUUAUGAAAUUGCAUGGGAAGCAUGGUUUAAUGUUGAAA